AUGACACGUAAAAGUGAAAACGAACGAGCAUUCUGUGUUGUUCAAUUCAUAGAAUUGCCUUUUGAAGGUAUUGAUGAUUACGUAUGCGUGCCAAACACGUGGCUGAUAGUACGUAAAGCGACGGAUCAGAGGGCCGUCGUUGCGUACCCUAAAAACGAAGAUCCUUUUGAUACAAGAGAUCGCGCGGAGAGGAAAGAGAGAUACAAUGAUGAGUGGAGAUUUUAUAUGGCCUCUGUCAAAUAUGAAUCAAAUUCUUACAGUGAUGCAGAAUUUUGGAUCGCUACGAGAAAUGAUUACGGACCUUUGGUUGAAGAAAAAUCAAAAGCAACAGAUAAGCAACCAAAGCUUCCAGUGAAUAAGAAACCGCGCAGCGCCAAUCAAAACCGUUUGUCCAAAUCCAAUGAUAGUUUUCGGAAACCUCUACUGAAAAUAUCUAUCAAGCGACGAGCACAAUCAGAAUUGAAGGAAGAACUCGAUGGAAAACGGUUGAAACUAGGGGAAGCUGCUCAUUCGUCUAACGCGGUUGUUAAUGACGUCCAAGAAUCCAGAAUUUCUGUAGCCCCGUUAGAAGAAACGUCCAACGAUAAUCAAGGAUCCCUCACUGAUGAUUUCUCAAAUAACAAGCCUUCUUCACAUCAAUUACUAAAUUCACUGAAAAUUUCUGCUAAUCUACGCAGUCAAAAUAAUGGAGCACGACGUUUAGUACCGACUCAAAGAACGGUUGAGAAGAGAAUACAGCCCAUGGAAAUCGAAAGAACUGUUGCCACUCCUUCACAGAACUCAUCGAAUUUGAUGGACCGAACCAUAUCAUCAUCAAUGAGCUCAGUAGAACAACGGCAACUACAGAAACCGAAAAUCCGUAUUGGCAUCUCUAUCAAGCCAAAAAACAACCGGCAAACACUUACCCUUCAAGGAGUCACAAAAAAAACGGUGUCACCUAUUCUUACGAAGGUUCUACAGUCAGUACGACAAGCACUUUCAACUACUCAUAACAACUAUCUUCUAAAUAAUCAGCAAUUUCAAGCAAGUCCAAAUGAAAGUGUACUCGUUAAUGGAAGUCAUCGAGGGGUAAUGGACAAUGCGUGUCAAAGAGACGAGUACAGGGUAGAUGAAACUCUGUCAUCGUAUCAUGCAGUAACUUCAGAUUCCGAUGCCGUUUCGGAUCAGGAAGUAAUCUUAGAUAAUGAGAUGUCAACAGACGAAGUACCUGCUGAAACAAUGAACAAUGUUUACGGCACUGCAAAUGGUCCUGAGCAGGGUUCUGCAGAUAGACCGACAGCUGCCCAAAACUCUACGGCAAGGAGCCACCAGAAGAAUCCGAAAGUUAUUUUAGAGCAACAAAUGUUGGACAACUUUGCGGCCCUCUUCACUCAAAUGGGCUCUACUUUGCGUUAUACGACUGAUAUGUACAACACCUUACGGAGUUCAAUCCUCGAUACUGCCAAGACAUACAAAAAGUUAUUGGGUGCCGUCGGACAAUUUAACACAGCGGGAAACGCAGCUAGCAACACAUCUCCCUCAAUCAACUUGAGACCAGAAAGUCCACGGUCUCCUGAAGAAAGACACACUAAAGUAACAGCAAGUGCUAGUUCUAGUAAUCAAGAUCAACAUAGUAAUGAUGUUGCUAACAAAACGCCGAAAAAAAAACACUACAAGUUGUACCGGUUCGUUCUACCACCGGAAUAUGAUGCUUAUGAUACAAGAUGGACAUUAAAGUAUCGAUCAAAUCUGCCGGGACUCGUAGAACUUAUGCCCCAAAGUGGUGUUUACGUCAGCUGCGGAGACCUCAAAUACUGUCAGCAAGUAUCGAAAGAUUGCAAAUCAUUAGCUCGACGAUUAUUACCACAAGUCUUUAACAGAAAUGCACUGAGUGUUUGUUCAUCAAUGAGUGAGAAAGCGCAGGCUUCUAAUAAUGUUGGCUCUAAUAUAAGGCCUGAUUUAGAUGAUCAUGCGUGUUCGGUACUGUUAAAUUUUGUUUUAGAACAUGGACUCCAACGUGGUUGGAAUACUGAUCUACAACCUAUCCUCAGUACCUUACACAAUAAGAUGCAAGAGAUUCGGUUUAAAUAUGGUGUAAUGGUUGAAUGUUAA